AUUCCUAUGACUAGUGCUUUUCUCCUUUUAAGUCACCAAUUUGGUAAGGUCCCAAACCGACUCAGUCAGUAGCCCUAUUGAUCCCGUCAGAGUCAGAUAGAGCUAAAGUAUAUUUUUCACAGAAGCAUAAUGGUUUGUAUGCCAGCUCUUAACUUGCUCCUUUACAACGGUCUUGUGGUGUACAUGGCCAGGAAAGUACAACGCAUUAUCAAAGUUCCAUCAACCAAUGCUAGUCGUUGGCGCCGGAUCCCCUUAAUCGGUAGAAUCUUUGGUCCCAAGCCACCGGAUACCUUGAAUGAUGGGGUAGAGUUCGACGACGUCCUGUGGAGCGUGAACCUGCACGUGAACUUCCUGCUCCUUUUGCCGGCCCUCUUCCAGAUCCACAACUUCGGACUGCUGGUGGCCCUGAUUCUCAUGUGGAAUUUCUACGCUUACCAGCGCCUAUUUGAUUUCUACCUAAAGCUAGUGUGGCACCUCUGGUGGAGCGACCUCUGCUGGGCCUACUACGUGCCUCUAGUCCUUUUUGGACUUGUUCUGAACACGCUACACUUGAGUCUGAUCGUCGGCACAAUGAAGUUGCAGAUUAAGCGUCCCGAAAAUCCCCAGACCCAGUCGGAGCCGGAGAUCCAGUCGCAUUCCCGUUCUCAGCCAGAAGUGGAGCAUUCAGUGACGAUUGGCGAUGGCCCGGAACGUUAGGACUCAGAAAAUAUAAAGCUGAACGCCGAAGCUCAGGUUCAGCCGCCUUUAACUGGGUCGCCAUCAGUCAGGGGCUUAACCUUGCGGCAUCUACAAAUACUGGGUCGUUGGUUCAACUAAUAAAUAUGCCAGAAAACACCAGGCACACAGAUACCCGGCACGCACACACCCGCACACCAGGACAUGUACAAAUGAAUCGCAGCUGAGGGCUGGCCGAGCUUCGGGAAAUAAAACCAUUAAAUAUUUGCGGUUAAACGCACCAAAAACAAACCGCAAAAGUAAAUCAUAUCCAGAGCAGACAUUGGA